GGGAAGGAGCGGAGCGGGGUUCCGAGGGCCGCGGGACACGUCGCUGUGCGUCGUCGUCGCCCGAGAGGCAGGGCAGGAAGCGCUACGGUUUGACCCCCGACACCUUCUGUUUUCGAAGGGGCAGCUCUUCUUCCCGACCCGCCCUGCCUCCCCUCCUUGCCCCUCCUCCCGAGGCUGCAGCCCCAGUUUAGGUGGGGCGGCGCAGCCUAGCUCCCGGACCCGGAAGAAGCGCCAUCCCCGCCUCUGCCAUGGAGCCCACCGCGCCGUCCCUCACCGAGGAGGACCUGACCGAAGUGAAGAAGGAUGCUUUAGAAAAUUUGCGCGUGUAUCUGUGUGAAAAAAUCAUAGCUGAGAGACAUUUUGAUCAUCUCCGUGCAAAAAAAAUACUCAGUAGAGAAGACACUGAAGAAAUUUCUUGCCGAACAUCAAGUAGAAAAAGGGCUGGAAAAUUGUUAGACUACUUACAAGAAAACCCCAAAGGACUAGAUACCCUUGUUGAAUCUAUUCGGCGAGAAAAGACCCAGAACUUCCUGAUACAGAAAAUAACAGAUGAAGUGCUGAAACUUCGAAAUAUAAAACUAGAACAUCUGAAAGGACUAAAAUGUAGCAGCUGUGAGCCUUUUCCAGAUGGAGCCACAAACAACCUCUCUAGAUCCAAUUCAGAUGAGAGUUAUUUCUCUGAAAAACGGAUAGCAUCCACUCUCAUGUACCAUCCAGAAGGAGAAUCCAGCACAGCGCCCUUUUUUUCUACUGAUUCAUCUCUAAAUUUGCCUGUUCUAGAAGUAGGCAAAACUGAAAACCCUACCUUCUCUUCAACUACACUUCCCAGACCAGGGGACCCUGGGGCUCCUCCUUUGCCCCCUGAGCUGCAGUUAGAAGAAGGAACUUGUGGAAACUCUAGUGAGAUGUUUCUUCCCCUAAGAUCACGUGCUCUUUCACGGCAAUGAUGGUUUACAGCCUUUUAAUUUUUUUUAAUAAUGACUAAUAUUUGGAAGGAUAUGAAUCUUCUUAUAAAACUACUAUAAUGACUUAUUAACACCUGAUACAUGUCUUUUUAAAUGCAAUGUAAGCACACUUUGUAAAUAGACUUUUUGAAUAAAAGAAACUUACUUUUAGGUAACUAAAGUAAAUCAUGUCGAUCAUGUACUUCUCAGAAUUUUUUUUUCACUUUUAUGGUAUUCAGUGUUUUUACAUUUUUUAUGUUUUAAGACCAAUUUUAAUAGGUAACAUUUCUCUAUUUAAUAAUAGAGUCUUAGGCUGGGAAUGAUGUUUCUCAGUGCAUAUAUGCUGGAAAUUUUUACAAUCUAAUAGUCCUUUCCAGCCAUCCAGCAGUCAAUUUUCAGGAUGAAGUUGUUUCUAAUUGGUAAUAAAGCCAACCACUGAUGGGAAAAACUGCCAGUCUACCAAAAAAAAAAAAAAAAAUCUCUUUCCUACUCGGUUUG